AGCCAUUUUGGCUUCAAGGAGAACCUGGGGCUCGACGCGGCCCCCGGUGCCUCCCAGGCGCGCUCGCGCGCCCGCGGUGGUGCGAGCUGUCGCCGCGCCUCACACCCCGCCGCGGCGCUCCCGCGGCGCCGGGCGGCGAUGAGAUAGCCGCCAAUUCGUGCCUUCGAGAACUGCCGUCGGAGGCUUGCACUACUUGUCCGGCUUGAGCCGCUCUGCCGCCCCCGCCGACCGCGGCCUCAAGCCGUACUCGCUGGCCGCCAAAAUGGGAAGCGCCUCGCCCUCCGCUGGGGCGCCGCGUCGAGGCGGCAUGGGCAUUCUGCACUGCACUGACGAGCCAGAGCGACGGGGCGGGUGGCCGUCACCCGAAGGUCGUGCUUCGCCGGGCAUGGGACAUCCCAGCUCCACCGAGAAUUCCGACCACCAAGCGCAUGGUCCGCCCGGGGGCCCCGGCCCGCCGCCGGCAGGCGGCGGCCUGGGCACCGCGCCGGCGCAGCUGAUGCAGGGGCCGCCUGGCGCUCCGCAGAUGGCGCUCCAGCGCGACGCUGCCGUUCCCACUGGUCCAGCGGUGGGGACUGUGUCCAUGCAGGGCGGCGGCUACUUUGGCGUUCCGCCGCAGGCGAUGAUGCCCGGCGGAGGUUCCAUGUACGCCCCCCAGCCCCAUGCGGGUCUGGGCUCCCCUGCAGCCUUCGCUGCUGGGGGCGGCGCCAAUGCAGCCGGCGGCGCCCAGGGUAGACCGGCGUUCCAGGCUGGGAUCACCAGCGCGGCUGCCCAGCCGAUUCCGCAGCCACAGCAGCAACAGCAGCAGCCACAGGACAUCGUUAUCAUUUGGGACUGGGACGACACGCUCAUGUGCAGUUCUGCCAUCAAUGCCAACGCGCCGAUACAACACCAGGCGCCUCUGCUGGAGGGCCUCCUGGAGCGGGUGCUGUCUGUGUCCAUGCAGCUCGGGGAGACCUUCAUCGUGACGAACGCGGACGAGCUCUGGGUUCAUGAGAGCACCCGCCGCUUCGUCCCGGGCAUCAUGCCCAUUCUAUCGCGGAUGGGCGUGGUCUCCGCCCGGCGCCGAUGGGAGGCUCGGUGCCCCGGCGAUGUGUUCGCGUGGAAGAGGGAGACGUUCCGCGAGAUGCUCGCUGCGCGCGCCCCAAGGGCAAGCGGGCUCAACUUGAUUGUGCUGGGCGAUUCGCCUGCGGAGAUGGAGGCGGCGCAGACUUCGGUCAUUGGUCUUCCGCAACAAGUGACUAUCAAGACGGUGAAGUUCAAAGAGGCGCCCUCCGUAGAAGAGUUGAUAGAGCAGCUGCGCAUUUGCUUGCAGGAGCUGGGCACGAUCGUCUCCGACGACAAGAGCUGCAGCAGGAAUCUGGUGAACUGGAUGGUGCCACGGCUACAGGCUCCGCAGUAUCCGAUGAGCAGCUACGCCCCCUCGCAGAGUUUCCCCACCGCGCCGUCGAUGUCCUACAGCCCGUCCAUGAUGUCGGGCGGGUGGCAGCAGGCGACACCCUACUUCGCCGGCCACGAGGCCGCGCCUGGUGCGCCGACUGCGCCGCCCGCGGGCCCGUACCUGGGCCCUGCCGCGGCGGUGUACGCCGGCGGCAUGCGGUGACGGGCGAGCCCGCCCUGCAGCAUCGUGAGGAGAUCACGUCGGGCGGCCGCUCCGAGCCCCAGCCCCGCUUCGUGCUCCGGACCCCCCCCGCGGAUCAACGGCGCGGAGGGGAUCUGAACGGAGGCGGGGCCGGGAGCUCUGGGGCCCCUGGCGCUGUGGCUCUUCCCACGAUGGCGCGGGUCCCGGGAUGUAAUAUUCUAGCUGCAACGUGCGUUUGCUGGGCUGUGCUGAUUCGCUGAGCAAUCUCGUUCGGCCCGACCGGCUGCGAGGUCGUGCCCGCGUCUGUUUUCAGCCGCGCGCCAACGCCUUCGGGAAGUCCAAGCGAACGCAGCAGAGAGCGAAGGUCGUUGCCCGACCCCCAUGGCGGCUGGGCGAAGCGCCGCGCAGAGGGAAUGAGACAAAACGCGGCGUCAUCGCAUGAAGGGCGGGUUCCCGUCCGCCUCCUCCCCUCCUGCCCCUGGUCGG